AGCGCUGUCCCUGCGUUGUUCGAGGCCAAAGUCAUUCUGGAUUCGGUUAUUGGGUGGAUCGAGAGCAUCGACGUUUCUAACAUCUUCAUCCCCUCCCCAACCAGCCGACGCUGUCGUCGGCGUCCUCUCCAAGUCCGGGCUCCACAACGCAGUCCUUGGACAAGUCUGGUCUCUCUGUGCUGUUUCUGGCGGGAACGCCCUGAGCUUCCCAGAGUUUGCCUUGGCGAUGCACCUCACUCGACAGGCUCUCAGCGGUAACAACCUGCCACAGGUGUUGCCUGAGCAUAUUCAAGCCGAGCUGACUGCUGCCAUCGCCAUCGCAGCCAGCUCCCUCUCCCCCGGCUCGCCAGAGUCCUCUCAUAGCUCCGCCAGCAAGGCACCAUUGAAUGUCGCUCCUGCUCCUCGCAAGGAUGGUGUUCGCUGGGCAAUUGAUGCCAGCGAGAAAGCCAGGUUCGACGCUGUCUUCAAGCAGAGCGACCCAACGUCGAGCGGAUAUAUCUCAGGCGACCGUGCCUACCAGAUAUUUAUUCAGUCCGGGCUCCCAAAGAACAUUCUGGCCCAAAUAUGGAAACUCUCGGACUCCCAUAAUCACGGCAAGCUCAACCCGGACGAGUUCGCUGUCGCUAUGUACUUGAUCCACAAGAAGCUCGCAGGUUACGACCUACCCACCACCUUGCCCCCCGAGCUUGUUCCGCCCUCGACUCGCGACCUGGCCUCGGCCACGGCGCUGAUGAAGAACCAGGUUAUCAACGAUGUUGUGAUCAACAAAACGGGCAUCAGUCCCCAUGGCUCGUUUUCAAACCUCACCAGCGACCCGCUCAUCCAGAGUCAGCUCCAACCCACCCGUUCCAAGAUCGACAGCGACGCCGAUGCCAAGGCUGCCGCCGAGGCAAAGAAGAAAGAACUUUCCGAGGAAUUGCGCAAGAAACGCGACGAAUGUCACAGCGUCCAGUCCCAAGUCAAUGCCUCGCGAGUCAUUGCUGAAGAUCUCGAGAAGAGCAUCGCAAAAUACCGCCAGGAAAUCGCAGAUGCCCACGACCUGAUUGUCGAGGCCCUGAAUCUCAAUCAAGUGCUGGUUAACCGCGAGGCUCCUCGGCUCCAUCUCGAUUCCAACAACCAACGUGAUCGACUGAAGCUCGAGGCGACCAGGAUCGAGUCAGAGAUCCAGGCAACCUCAAGAGAUAUCCGGGCGUUGGAAGGAGCGAUCCUCGAUAACAAGACAGCCGUCAGCCAGAAGCGGGGCUCGCAGAAGAGCGCUCCAGCUGCGGUUCCGGGCUUGGACCUCACCGCCCUACUGGGUGCAGCCGGACAGUCUGACGCUAUGAGCCAGCUGCUGGCUCAGAGGAUGAAGGCUUUGGGCGUCUCCAGUGGCGAGACGUCGGCGACAGACGUACUCAAGUUCAAAGAAGAGCGACUGACGCGCGAAAAGGAAAUCGAUCAGAUCGAAGAGGCUACUCGAGCCCUUAUGGACAACAUUUGCAGGGCCUUGGUUCCUUCCCUUGCGCAGUCGUCCAAGGCCCAGUUCAAGAGCUCGUGGGAGCCGCACAUCAACGAUAAGCUCAAGUACGAGGACGGUAUUGGGCUUCGCAGCAACAUUGCCCGAGAAAUCGCCCAGGACCUCAAGCGCCGCACGCCUGUCGUGACGGUGGCCCCGCCCAAGCUUUUGGCCGAUCCUGUCGUGUCUGCCCGUCCCAUUGAUAACCCCUAUCGGCCCACCGAGCCUGCGCCUGCUCCUGUGUCCUUUGCGGCCACCAGAACAGCCACAGCUGGUGCUUUCUCGAGUGCAGCACAGCAAUCUGCAAGCACCACCACCGAUCUGUUUGGGAGUUCCAAGGAGAGCGUCCCCGGCAUUGGCCAAGCGUCCAGCUUCUCGACUGCAAGUUACUUCAACAGUCCGUUCUCCUCCAAAAGGCCCGAGCCUACUCCUGCUGAGCUUCCCGGUAGCGUUCCGGCCACACCGGCUCCAGUUCAAGAGCCCCGAAUCCCGCCCAAUGAACCACCUCCAAAGCCCGACCCUUCAGUGGGCUCUUCUGCGGCCAUCUCCGCGUCGGCGCCCGCUCAGAGCACCAAUCCCUUUGCUGCAUUCGCAACCUCGACCUCCAUCAGCAGGGCUGACGAGCCACGCAUUGGCGACUUCGCCUAUGAACCUGUUGGCGAGAAGCCCCGUGAAGCGCCAUCGACUUCCUCACUCGAGCGCCCCUCUCCCUUUGAAAUAUUUCGACAGCGAGACGCCGAGAGCAAGGCUACGGAGCGUAAGAGCGAGCGGUCGACGUCACCAGCUAAGCGCCCGCCCUCGCCGCCCAAGCCAUCGUUCCUAAACGCCAGGGAGCCAUCGCCCAGCAGCCACACUAGCGAGACCCUGCCGGAAAUCCAGAAGAGCAGCUUCUCGGUCAAGCAGUUUGCCACCAGCCUGUCGGCCCAGCAAUCGGGCUCCCAAUCCGAUGGAGCUACCUCCACACCUCCGCGCGCAGCCCCCCCUCUCCCUGCGAUGGCCUCUUCCAUUGGCUCGGUCAAGCAAAUGGCGUCGUCUUUCAAUCCAUUUGGGCCUGCUCCAAAGGAGACUGCAUCUGCAUCUGCAUCCCUGAGCCCCGCUAGCGAGGCAAACAAUCCCUUUGGCAGCAGUCGCCCUGCUACUUCUGAGGCCUCUCGUGCGGUUGGCGGGUCUGUCGACCGUGUGGCCGAUGCCUCCCACAAGGGUAGCUUCCAGGCCGCACUCCGGGCGAUUCAAAAUUCAAAGACAGAAGUCUCUAACGACGACAACUCCGCUCCCGCUGGGGGCUUUGCCCCUGUCUCGAUGCCAUCGCACGCUGUCUCUCCGAGCACCGCAUUUGCUCCGCCGCCCCCACCACCGCCCCCUCCUCCUGCGAUCGCCUCGGUUGCAACUCAUGAGUUCGCCCCUCCGCCUCCACCUCCGGUCUCUGUGCCAUCCGGUCCGCCUCCUCCUGGUGCCAGCAACGGCUCUGUUCCGCCUCCACCUCCGCCUCCCCCACCUCCUGGAGGAGCACCCGUCAAGAACUGGCGCGCCGAGCGGGAGGCGACUGUUUCUGCAGCUGGCGCAAGCGAGCAGCCCAAGAGAAAGCCGACGCCUGCAUCCGUUGGUGCAGUUGGUCCCUCACUCUUUGGCCUUCGAGAUGGCUCUGCCGCUGCCGCUGCCUCAGUCGGAAAGGUCAGCAGCAAGAUCAAGGAUUUGCAGAGCAAUAUGUCCGGUAUCUUUGGCGGAUCAGCUUUGCCUACCACCUCGAGCGCGCCUCUGGAAUCAUCAGUCAAACCUUCAGCCCCCGCCCCCGAGCAGCAAGUCUCAGCGUCCGCACUGAACCCACCACAGAGUCUCUCAGCGACUUCGGCCGAGCGCGCAUUGGUGGGUCAAGGUGAUAUUGCAGGAGACACCAACGAGCCAAAGCCCAGCUAUACGCUGGCUCCUGUGCACGCCCCCGCUCAGACCGAUAUCUCAGGCGGCUGGGAGAUUCUUGACAAGCACGAAACUGUGCCAAUGGAGGACGCACAAAGCUCCCCGGUUGUUGUGAUCGAACCUGAGACAACGCUCUAUCAGGUCAAGUGUCUAUUCAAGUUUGAGGCCAUUCGUGCCGAUGACCUAUCCAUGGCACCCGAUGAUAUCAUCGAUGUUCGACGAGAACAGGGCGAUUGGCUCUUUGGCUGCGACUCCAAUGGCAAUCAAGGAUGGAUCCCGCGCAAUUAUGCCGAGAGAUUCGAUAGCGCGAGUCCGGUCGAAGCCGCCCAAACAUCGGAGAGAUCGUUUAUCUGCCACGCAGAGGCACUCUACGAGUUCCACCCCUCUCGGGACGACGAAGUUGCCCUGGCCGUUGGAGAGAUUGUCGGGGUGCUGCAGAAAGUCGAUGCCGACUGGUGGAAGAUUCAGAAAGCUUCCGGAGACAGCGGACUUGUACCGGCGGCAUACGUCCAAGAGCUCGGUGCGGAUGACAAUCGCCAACUCGGCCUUGGAGCCCCCGGACCGGACAACGCCGACUCUCAAGGAAGUUUUGGUCGCGACCAAUUUGAGGAUAGUCCCUCGAGUGGGUUCGGGUCGGCCAAUCCCUUCGGGAGUGCCGGGGCGACCGAAGGUUUCCCGCAGCAUGGAUUGCCUUCGUCGGUAUCGUACGGCAAUCUCGAACUGAGCCGCAGUGUGAGCUUUGCAUCCAACCCAAGCGACGCUCGCGACAUCAACAUCACCUCGGGCUCGUUCUAUGGAGACUCGCAUCUGUCUCCUGACGCACUCGGAGCCUCUCUGAGCCGCAGUCCGAGUAUGAUGCAAUACUCCUCGAGCCAGCAUCAGGGCCUCUCCAGCUCGUGGUCGAAUGCGGUGGAUGCGUCGAUUCUGUCGAGCCUGUCGGCUGAAGAAAAGAAGCGACAGGACGCCAUACAUGAGCUGAUUGCGACCGAGCAAAGCUACGUUCGCGACCUGCAAAUCAUUGUGGAUGUCUUCUACGGCCCGAUGACUGGAAUGCUGCUUGAAUCUGACUUCCGAACAAUAUUUUCCAACAUCGAGGACUUGCUGAUCAGCAAUACCAUGAUCCUUUCGGACUUUGAAACAUUGCUCAAGGAGGGCAACGGAUACAUUGGAGCAAUCGGCGAUACGUUUAGCCGCCAUGCCUCUUCGUUGGAAGCAUACACCGUUUACUGUGGUAACCAGAUGGGCGCCUCCAAGUUGCUCCAAAAGCGCUGCCAGGAGAGCCAACCACUCACUCAGUUUGUCAAGACCGCGCAGCAGAAUCCAGCCUGUCGGAGCUUGGAUCUCCACGCAUUUCUUCUGAAGCCCAUGCAGAGAAUCACCAGAUAUCCGCUCCUCCUGCGUCAAAUCCUGCAUUACACGCCCAAGACCCACCCCGAUCACCAGAAUGUGCUGCAGGCGCUGGAGUUGGCCGAGGCGGCUGCGGAAAGAGUGAAUAUCGCCGCCAAAGACCGCGAAAACCGGGUUGCCAUCGAGAAGAUUGUCGCCAGCCUGGAUUUUGACGACUCGCCUCCCGAGUAUCGCAUCGAUCUUUUUAGUUCGACACGCAGCCUGGGCAAACGGCAGUUUAUACAAGAAGGCCCCCUCGCGAAGGCCAAGAGCGGGCGCAAGCUCCGAGGGUUCAUCUUCAAUGAUCUAUUCCUGUUGGCUCAGCCGCACUCCAAGAAAGGCGCCCACUCCAAGCCUCUUUCGCUCUACCGCAAGCCGUAUCUCCUGCAUGAGAUAUCGGUUCGAUCGGUUCCUGGAGGCGACGACACCUUGUUUGAUAUUAUCCAAGGAGCGGACGUGCUCUCGCUUCGCGCACCCAGCGCCUCGGAGAAGCGCGGCUGGGUCAGCGCCAUUGAGACCCAGAUCAAGAUCAUCAAGGAUACCGACAAGAGGGGUCAAAAUACCCCUCAGACGGUCAACACUCCUGCGAAUGCGCCCAUCGGGACCCUUGAGGUUAUUGUGAUCUCGGGCAAGAGUUUGCUCGUUGAAGGGGGCGUGCCCUUUGGAGUGUACUGCCACGUCCAGCUCAACAACCAGAAGCUCAAGACCAACCUCAGUAAAGAUGCUGUGGCUCCCAAAUGGAACUGCACUCAGCUCUUCUCACUUACAAGCUUUGACGACACGCUGCGCAUUACCGUCUACAACUACAACAAGUUUUCUCGCGAUGACUUUUUAGGACAUGCGGAAGUCCAGCUCGACAUGCUUGAGUACUACAUUGGAAAGGAGACUGAGGUGAUGACGCUCCCCCUGGCGCACGUACCUUCAGGCUCGGUCUCGAUCAAGAUGGCUUACAAGACGGCGUGAUGGGCUGCCAGCUACUUGAACAACACAAGUGGAUGCCCCGGCGCCAGAUGAGUUGGCAACAUGGUGGAAGAAAUGGUGUUUCGGAUCGUGAGCCUGUUGGUUCGUUGGCUUGCUCUGGUCCAACCCGUUGAGAACCGCUCCCGCCACUGCAGCCUUUGCAACUCGGAGCAGCUGGCCAUUUCAGUCAGUGCAAUAAACAGUGAUGACCAUGA